AUGACGUAAUCAGUUCCGGCGCCCUCUGAGGGCGGGGAACGAGGUACCGGGGGAAACUUAGCUAUUAGUGUAGCAGGGUCAUGAAGAAGAGGCGGUGGCGGGAGAUCGGAGGCGGCGGCGGGGGCGUGAAACUGCGGUAGCUGCCCGCUGGGCUGUUGGUGUGGCUUUGUGGGAAGGGCGUAGUUCCUAAAGCCCUCUCCAGGCAGCGGUCGGGGCUCGGGGUUGAGAGCGGCCGUGGGGUCGCCUCCCCGGGCCCCCUGGCUCCGCCAUGUUCCGCAGGGCACGCCUUAGCGUGAAGCCCAAUGUCAGGCCUGGAGCAGGCGCCAGGGGCUCCACCGCCCCCAAUCCACAGCGUGAACGAGAGGCUCCCAGGCCGCCGGAGCCUGCAGCGGCCUCUGUCCCGGAGCCAGAGGAAUCCACAGAUGUGCCCCCGGUGGAUUGUGGGGAAAAGGAGCUCCGAGAAAAGACUCCCAAGAGCAGUGAUGAAAAGACUGAUGGUGGGAAGGAUGUUGAAGAAUCCAGUAAAUCUUCCUCUACUGUUUCACAGAGAAGAAAGCGAGUAUCAAGUACUUUUAGUCUGGUUAAACCUAGUGUCAGUGUUCCUUCAGAACCUCAUCCUUUAUCUACAGUUAAUCAAGAAACUCCACAGCCAAACUCUGUUCCAACAAAAGAGAAACAGCCAUGCUCAGACAGAUACCGAAUAUAUAAAGCCCAGAAACUGAGAGAAAUGUUAAAAGAAGAAUUGAGGAAAGAGAAGAAGCAAUGGAAAAACAAAUAUGCUGUAAAUGAAAGUCAGAGGCCACCAGAUCGUUCCAAAAUGACUAUGAGAGACUUCAUAUAUUACCUGCCAAAUAACAAUCCAAUGACUUCUUCACUGGAGCAAGAAAAGAAAACUGAAAAAUCAUUGACACCAGUCCAGACGAGAGAGCAAGAAGGUAAGAGUACUCCUGAUGGUGAAGAUAAUGAAGAAAUAGAAGAGGAGAUGGAUGAUGGGCCAUUGCUGGUUCCUCGAGUAAAAGUGGCAGAAGAUGGUUCUAUUAUUUUGGAUGAAGAAAGUUUAACUGUAGAAGUUUUAAGGACCAAAGGCCCCUGUGUUGUUGAGGAAAAUGACCCCAUAUUUGAGCGUGGUUCUACAACUACAUACUCCAGCUUUAGGAAAAACUAUUACUCUAAACCAUGGUCAAAUAAAGAAACAGAUAUGUUUUUCUUAGCCAUCAGCAUGGUAGGAACUGACUUUUCUAUGAUUGGACAGCUUUUUCCUCACAGAGCAAGGAUAGAAAUUAAGAAUAAAUUUAAACGUGAAGAGAAAACAAAUGGAUGGAGAAUAGACAAAGCAUUCCAGGAAAAGCGCCCUUUUGACUUCGAUUUUUUUGCUCAUUUGCUUCAGAAAGUUCUUGCUGAAGAAGAGAAAAGAAAACAAAAAUCUGUUAAAAAUCAGACUUUAAAGGAGAAGAAGUCCUCUAAAUCACGGAAAAAUGUAAAAGUGAAAAAAGUCUCCAGUGAAAGAGUGAAUGAUAAUCCAGAUGAGUCUGUGAGCACUAGAAUUUCAGACACAGAAGGAUCUCAAAAGGAUGCUCAGACAGUUGAAGAAGAAGAACAGUCUCUGACUUUAUCAGGACAGGAUUCAGAACAGAAUGCAUUAGAACAAGAUAUAAAUCAAAAGAAAAGGAGAAGAAAGAAUCAGGAUGAAAGUAGUGAACAAGAGGUAAAUCUUUCAGGAAAUGCCACUGUUCAGCCAGGCUCUUCUAAAGGAGAAAACCACAAAAAUAAAUGCCUGUCUUUAAGUCCUGAGAUAAAUGAAGAUGAAAGCAAUAAGGAACAAAAGCUUCCCUGUGUACAGAACACAGAUGACAUUGUGGAUCUAUCCUCUAAUGAAAAGGCUGAGAAAAGAACUGACCCUGCUCUUUCACCAAGUAGUCAACAAGAUGCCGUAUCAGUAGCAGCUGAGACUUCAGAAUCAAGCACUUCAUAUUUGCCUUCAUCAGAAGGUGGAAUUAGAGCAUUGUGUGAGGUGAAUAAUGCUGAGAGUAGUUGUACAGAAGAAGGAAAUGUUGACCUAAAAGAUAAAGCACUGGAAACUGGUCAAACAGGAAGUAUUAAACCGAAGACAAGAGGACGACUCCAGAGACCUAAACCCAAUUUAUCAAGGGCAGUUGGGAAGAAAUCAGUUCUUUCACAAGGGAAAACAGAUACAGAGAACAAGAGUUUACAUACAGAAACUUCAGUUGAAAAGAAUCAUAUGGAAAAGGAUAAAAUGAAUACACUUGGUAUUUCUGGAAUGGAGAAUAAAGAGAAAGAGAAUCCAGAGGCUGAUACUGCAUCUAAUUUGAGUGAAAAAAUUUGUCUGCAGGAAGAUGAUCAACUAAAGGCUUUCAGACCUGCACGCCUAAUGAGGGGCUUAUUGCAAAGGCCAAAGCCAAAUGUAGGUAAAGCUGCUGAAAGAAAAGAAACUGUUACAUCACAGGAAAAACUUGGAGCCAGUGUAGAAAAGAAUGAAAAUGAGUCCUGUAUCGAUAGAGAUACUCCUGAACAAAUAGAAGAUCAGGCAUGUAAAAAUUUUGAUUGUGAAGACAUCACAUCACAAUCUGAAAAAAAAGAUACUUCUUUUCAAAAUGUGCAGUCAGAUGAGCCCAAGGCUCUUAAUGAAUGUCUGAGUAUUCAAGAGGAUAAUAAAGCAAAUAAACAAGUUCAAAUUCUGAAGACUCGAUUUCAGAAACCAAAGCCAAAUAUAAGAAGAAGAACUGGAAGAAGAGAAAUUUUCUCAAAGGAAGAAGAGGUACCAAAGGAGGUUCUUGCCUCUGAGGAGAUGACAACAGCUUUGAGAGAAACUGCAAGAUUGGAAACCUCACCAAGGGAAAAGGUACCUGUGGAGACUAAUACUGCUAAGGAAAUGGAGUCAGAUUUAAAAGAAACUGAAAGGAAAGAUAUCUCUCCCAGGGAGAAAAUACCAGGAAUGAUUGAUGUCACUGUGGAAAUGGAGACAGAUUUGAGAGAGACUGGAAGAGAGAUUUUCCCAAGGGAGAAGAUAACAAAGGUGACUGAUGCCACUGAGGAAAGAGAGACAGAUUUGGAAGAGACUGAACGAAGAGAAAUAUCCCUACAGGAAAAUGCCCCAGAGGAGGUCGAUACUAUUGGUGAAGUGAAGACAGGUUUGAAAGAAACUGGAAGAGAGAUUUCCCCGAGGGAGAAGAUACCGGAGAUGAUUGAUGCCGCUGAGGAAGUAGAGACAGAUUUAGAAGAAACUGAAAGAAGAGAAAUACCUACACAAAAGAAGUCCUCAGAGCUCAAAACUAUAGAUGAUGAAAUGGAGACAGAUUUGAACAAAAUUGGAAUAGAAAUUUCCCCAAGGGAAAAGGUACUAGUGGGGAUCAGUGCCACAGGGGAAAGGGAGAUUGAUUUGGAAGAAACUGGAAAAAGAGACAUUUCCCUGAUGGAAAAGGUAUCAGGAAAGAUGACUGCCAUUGAGGAAACGGAGGCAGAUUUGAAAGAAACUGGAAGAGAAAUUUCCUUUAGGAAAAGCCGAUCAGAAGAGAUCAGUGCUUCUGAGGAAAAGGUGGCAGAUUUGGAAAAAACCGGAAAAAUAGACAUUUCUCUAAGGGAAAAUGAACCAGAGGAGACUGGGACCUCAAGACAAACUGAGUCAGAUUCAUUGCAGAGGGGUAGUGGUGACUGCAGUGCUGUGCCUUCACUAAAUAUUAAAGACAUUAGCAGUGAAGUACAAUCCGUGGUGGAUGUAUCUGUAGAAGAAAAAAGAAAUUCUGAAAAGGAAAUAUCAAGUCAGUUGAGUCAUUUGAACAUUUCUUCACAGACUUCUGAACUUGAUAAAAUAGAAGACCAGAGGAUGCGAUCUCCAGAUGUUCCAGAGCAGUUUUCAGAUAUUAAUUUAAGCAAAUCUCUUCCUCAAGAACAGAAGCCAUUUGAAGUGAAACCAGCACCUUUUGUGAGAAGUAGAUUCAAAAGACCAAAACCAAACUUAGCAAGAGCAGCUUCAAAAAGAGAGACUAUAGAAGCAGAAAAACAUGCACCUGGGAAGAAAGUGGAAGCUGAUAAAAAAGGGACUGUUGUGAUACAGCAGAAUGGGGAACAAAUGAGAACUCUCCCUUCUCAACGUGAUGUGGCUUCCCUAAUGGCAUCAACAGAAAAAGACAAAUCAGAUCACAGUCAAGAGGAGGCUGUGAUAUUACCAUAUGUACAGACUGAAAAGGACCUUUCCCCUUCGAGUUCUUGUGAACCUAUAGAGGAGUCUCAGUCUACACAAGCCCAGGAAAAGGAAUUAGUUGUCUCUAUGGGGACUUAUCAUAUAAACACUUGUGAACAAGAAAUGAAGGAAAGCGCUAUCCAAACUGCUCCACCAGUAAGGGGCCGACUUCAGAGACCCAGUCCAAACUUAAGAAAGGUUGGACAGAGGCAAGUAAUAGAAAAAAACGAAGCCAAAGAAACAAUUAAGGAAGAAAGGACACUACAAAAAGAUGAAACUAAAAAAUUCCUGACUGUGCCAAAUUCUCAAAUUGCAAUGGAAAUUGAAGUUGUAUCCUCCAAAGUUUCAGAAGGCAGAAUGUAUGAAAACCAGAGUCACGUUCUUUUAGAAAACCUUCAUGUUAACAAAAUAAAUAUUUCAGAUGAAAAGACGAGACAUGAACAUAAAACGUAUGUUUCUAGUCCACCACAAAUGAUAAGAAGCCAAUUCCAAAAGGCUAAGCCAUAUUUGGGAAGAGCACAAGGUAAGAAAGAGGAAUCAGGCAUAGGAACAGACAGAGCAGAUCAGAGUAAGGCAAGGAAGCCAGAAGAUAAUUUGCUGCAGCAUGGAGAUUCUGACACCCAGCUUCUUCCAAAAGGAAAAGCUGAGUUUCUGACAUCUCUGGAGAUUUCAGCAAGAAAAGGUUCUGUAGGUUCCAAGGAGAUUGGUUUGGCAAAAAAAGAUGCUCAAUCAGAAGUUGGACCAUCAGGAAGUGUUGGAGAGAAAACCGUAGGCAAUAAUUCUAUGUGUUCAGUUGUCGAAGAGCAGUAUGUCAGUAAACCAGCAAGCUCUCCACAACUGUUAAAAGAAUCAAAUUAUUCUAAAAUUGCUGUGGAUCGAAGAACAGCUCUCUCUUCUGCCUCUGAAUGUAAGAUAGAUCGUAGUGAAAGGAGAAUGCGUCGAAAGAUUAAACCAAACGUCCCCAAAGGGCGUGGAUCAAAACGAAUUCGGAGUAAGACCUCUAAGAAGGAACCUAGAGCUUCUAAGCCUGUGCUGGUGACUCUUCGAGCUUCCCAGGAAGAAGACGAAGAUGAUGCGGAAGACUUUGAGUCUGACUAUGAAGAAGAAAGCUAUCAUCUUGCUCCAGAAGAAGUAAACAAAGCUCCAGUGUUUGUACCUGUUGGUCUCAGAUCUCCUGAACCGGUUUCUGCUCAGAUUGAAGAAACCAUGGAAGAGCUUGAAAUACCCAUGAAUAUCCCAGAUGUAGGAUGCAUAGCUGUUGUUGAACAUCAGCUCUCAUCAAACAUAGAUUUGACUACUGAGGAAAUGAAACAAGAAGAAAAUCUGAACGCAUUAUCAAUUGAAAUGACCACAGGUGAACAUUCCCAAGCUGAAACAGGUACCAAUGAUGGAAGCACUGAAGCUGCCAUAACUUUACUUACAAUGGGAGGUCUGGUGUUGCAGUCAGAGAUCAGUACAGAACAGAGUGAUGGAGUAUGUGUACUUCCUGAUGUUCAUUCAAACGAUAAAAGCCAUAUUCCUUUUUGCCCAGAUAAUACAAAUCUCAAAAUUGUUCAUGAAUGUCAGGAACCUUCUUCACCUAUCCGUAGUGCAUCUCCAUCAGUAGAAGAAAACAAGAUUAUAUUGGAUGAACAAAGUAUUAAAGAAGAAAUUGGUUUAAUGGAAGAAGUAAAGGAAAACUCUAUAUCGUCCAGGACAACUUCAGAAGUGACCAAUAAUUUGAGAAUGAGAAGUAGAUUUGCCAAGCCUAAGCCAAAUCUUAAGAAAAUUUUAGGGACCAGCAGGUUUGGUGCUCAUCGGGAAGUUCCCAGUUUGUUUGUAACUAAAGAAGUGGAAAUUCAAAGAGAAACUGAGAAAAAUGCUUCUAAAGGGAGAGAAUUAGAAGAUAAAAACCUUGAAUCAGUUACAACAGCAGAGAGUAAGGAGCAGAGCAAAUUGGCAUCUGUACACGGUAUUGAAGAAACCAGUAUUUCACAAGAAGCACGCCUAACUGGAAGAGAUGAAGAUGAAGAAGGGAGGUCUGCAGAGGUUCAGCUGUCUUCAGUUGCUCCUGUUGUUUCAUCUGAGUCAACGCCCCACACACUUGGUUUGGGUAUGGGUCUUGGUGAGAGUUCUGUCGAAGAGCCCCUGGAAAAGGACUCUAACGGAGACAGUGUGCUUAUACUUCAUGUGCCAGAGUGUAGUAUUCCAGAAGUCCAACAAGAGAAUAUAAACAAUCCUCAAGACCUAACAGUUGCUAAUGUACAUCAAGAAGGUGAGGAUGAACAAGCAUUCAUUUUAACUCUGGUGGAAAUCCCAACCAAUGCAGUAGAAGAAUUUGCUGAUACCACUAUGCAGUUAAUGCCAAACCCUUUACUGCCAGCCCCCAUAUUGGUCAAAUCAGUGAAUACAGAAGAAAGGGGGGACAUGAGUAUCAGUUUUCCAGUAACUUCAGCUGGUCAGGAUGACAUGUGUUUACCUAAUUCUGGAAGAGAUGAUUCCGAAAAGCCUCCUGCUAAUUUGGAUCUUGUAUCUAGGAAGAGAUUUCACUGUAGGCUUGACGAAAGUGACCAUGUUCCUCCUGCCAAAAAAAGUUCACUCACUUUAAGAGAUGAUUGUCAAAAAUAUACCUCUGAGGUGUGUUCAAAGGAAGUAAUAAAUGUUUUGGAGAAAACAGGAGAGUCUUACAAGGGACAAGGUAUCUUCCCUACCUCAGGAAACACACAUACAAUUCCAGAACCUCAGAAAGAGCAACUUGAACCAACUUUUCAGAGUAUCAGAUCUAAACCUCUUGAUAAAAUAACAGAUACACAAGAAAAGAAUACAUCUCAGUUACCUCAGGAUGAGAUAGGGGUGUCUGAUAAGGAAAAAAGAACUUGUGCUGCUUCUAAGUCUGAACAAAUGGAUAGCAUCACAUCGUCUUCAAAAACCCCACUAUCCAGACCUGGCAGAAGACCCCUGGGAUUUUUGUCUUUAAUAUGUUCAAAGAAUAGUUUGGAGUCUGAUGAACCUACUCAGGUUCGUAGCAAGAAACGCCUGAAACCUCUUAUACCUGUAUCAAGACAGAAUCUGAAAAGAUCUAAUCCGCUCAAUACAAGCCAGAAAAAAACUCAAGAGUCCUCUGAUCUUCCAUCUCCAAGUGUUGUUGUUAAUACUCAACCUAAAAAUAUUGAUAGUUCAGCAACUCAGAGACCCUUCUGACCUGUGGAAGCAAAACAAAGCAGUGCUUGCAUUUUAUUUCCUUUGGGACAAAUGUCAUGACACCUACAAAAAUUCAAGGAACAGUAAAAUUAGAAUUCGUUUGCAUGUUUCAUUUCUGUGCACUCUGAAGCUGUAAUAGCAAGUACUGGGGCAGAAAAUUUUGUGAACUUGUAUCAAAGACUUUGGAAGAACAUUGGGGUGACUUCAGAUCUCAACAAGGAAAAGGCUGGUGACCAUCUAUUGGAUAGCAUGAGCCUCAAAGGAAGGAGUCCUUUUGUAAAGAACAUUUUUAACGUUUUAAAAAUAUUUUAAAUUAUUUCCUACAACUAUAUUCUGAGACCAGGAUUUUAUGAGUCUUUAUUAUUAUUGCCAAAUUACUUUGGAGAAUAGUUGUAAUUACCAGCAGUGUAACAGUGCGGUUUAAUCACAUUCUUGCCAGUCUGAGAUAUUACUCUUUAAAAUACAUUUGUUUUUCUUAUUUAAUAUAAUGGUGGUGGGGGGCUGGAAAUGUCAUUUCAUUUUUAAAAUUUGCAUUUCUUCAGUUAUUGGUGAGUUGUGUUCUUUCCCAUAUAUUUACUAGAUUUUCUGAUUUUUUUCUUUUUUUCUUUUUUGUUCCUAUCUUCUGCUGAUUUAUAAGUUUGGGGAUCUUAGUAGUUUUCUUACCAAUUUGUAUGAGAUCCUUAUGUAUGUAAAGAAGCCACAUACCUUUUAGCUCUUUACUGCAAGUAUUUUUUCCAAGUUUAUUUACUUUUUUAAAUUUGGGGGAAUUUUUGUUAUACAUAACUUUUAAAUGUUUAGUCAAAUCCAUUACUUGUUUCUUUGCAAUUUGUUAAAUUGCUUUUAUGAUGAAAAGUUUUUCUCCAGAGGUAUAAAAUUUUAAAACUUUAACUCUGUUCAUGGUUUUUGACUUUGGUAUGUAGUGUGAGGGAAGAAUUUAAACUAAAUGUUAUCCUCAAAUUGCUUCUUCAGUUUUUUGAGUAAGCAAUAUAUUCCACAUGUCUUAAAAUUCAUAACCUACAAAAGAGAGUUUAUAGGAAAAAGUUUCCCACAUCUGUCCCUUAGCUUCCUAGUUCCUCCUUUCCACAGGUAUAUGGUAUUAUCAGAUUUUGGUUUACUUUUCCAGAGACAUUUUAAUAUACACAAAUAUAAACAUUUUUCUUCUUUUUUACACAAAUAAUAGUGUAUCAGUCUCUGCUUUGCUUUUUUCACCUAAUAGUAUGUCUUGGAGACCUUGCAAAACAGUAGAUAAAGGGCUUCCUCCUCUCUCUUGCUCUCUUUAAAAAAUUUAAAUUAUUAACUUCUUAUUCUGAGAUAACUGUAGAUUCACAUGCAGUUGUAAACAACUAUACAGAGAGAUCCCAUCUACCCUUUACCCAGUUUUCCUCAGUGGUAACAUCUUACAAAACUCUCCUAUAAUAUCACAACCACUAUAUUGCAUUGCUGCAGUCAACAUACAGAACAGUUCCAUCACCACAGACAUCCUUUGUGUUGCCCUUUUAUAGACACACCUACUUCCCUCCCGCUCCCCAUUCUCUCUCUAUCUUCUGGCAAGCUGGUUGCCAUUAAAUUUGUCAUUGCAAGAAUGUUAUAUGAAUGGAAUCAUAUAUGUGGGAUUGGCGUCUUUUCACUCAACGGUAGUUCCCUAGACAGUCAUCCAGAUGAUUUUAUGUAUCAAAUACUUUGUUUCUUUUUAUUUCUGAAUAGUAUUCCAUAGUAUGGAUGUACCAGUUUUGUUUAUUCAUUUACCCACCAAAGGACAUCUAGUGCUUGCUUUUAUGAAUAAAGCUGUGAACUUUUGUAUACAGCUUUUUGCAUGGACAUAAAUUUUCCUAUUUUCAGGACUAAGUGCCCUCAUUAUUUUUAAUGACUACAUAAUAUUCCAUUGUUUGGCUGUACCAUAGAGUGAUACUGGCCUCCCACUGGUAGGCAUUUAGGUUAUUCCUACUUACUACAAAUAAUGUGGUAACAGCUAACUUAUAAAUGGACGAUUUUUCACAUUUAUAGGUUAAAUUCCUGGAAAUAGAAUUGCUGUUCUAAAGGAAUGAUUAUUCUUUUGCCAGACACUGCCUGAUUGUCCUGCAUAGGGAUUAUAUAAGUUUCUGUUCUUAUCAGCAGUAUAUGAGAGGGCCUUUUUCCUUACAUUAGCGUAUUAUCAGUGUUCAUUUUUGACAUUCUUCAUAGACUUAAUGAACACAUAUGUCUGUGAUACAGUUUGUAAAUUUUUUUCCCUCUAUGGCAUUUAUCUUUUGAUUUUGUGUAUGGUGGUUUGUGCCAUGCAGACAUUUUUUAUUUUUACGUAUGUGAAUUUAUCAAUCUUUUAUGGCUUCUGGCUUUCAUGUCAUUGCUUCACACACUCUCUCCCCAACUAUAGGAUUAUAAAAACAUUUUCCCAUGGUAUUUUAUAGUAGAUUUUUUAAAAAUGUUUUUACAUUUAAGUUUAUUGAUUCAUCUAGAAUUUAUUAUAUAUUGGUGAAGUAUAGGUCUGACUUUUCCUUUAUGUGAGAUAGUUAUACAGUUGUCCAACAUUAUUUAUUGGAUCAUCCAACUUUUCUCAAAUUUUUUUGGAAAUAUCACUUUUAUCAGAUACUAAAUUUCCAUCCAUAUGUGUUAGGGAUAUUUCUAGUCUUCUAUUUCAUUGAUAUGUAUGUCUGUUCCUUUGCCAAUACCAUGCUGUCUUCAUUUUUUCUAGAUUUAUAAGUAUGCUAAUUUUUUUUUUUUUUUUGCGGUACGCGGGCCUCUCACUGUUGU